AUGACCGACCCGUCCCACCACUACAGCAACAACGACGCCUUUUACCUCUACGGCGACCGACCAGAAAAUUACAGCGACCGUGUGGCCCAGGAGAGAGAUCCUGUGGAAAGAGAAAUAGUCGAGCUGGACCGUGAGAUUUCCCACGAGGUGCGGAAAAAGUUCACCGAUCAAGCGAGGCAGAGGCAAGCAGCCCAUGAAAGGGACAAGGUCGAACAAGCUCGGGCUUCCAACCACAAGGCACCAAUCCCGUACUCCCCAGCUUCUUACACGCACACUUCCUACUACAGCUGGGUGUUCCACCACAUCGAGCGCGUUCUCUUCGCCUACAACAACGCUGUCCUCAGCCGUGUACGCAAACACUGCUCAGUAUGCUCAGACUUUGUAUUCACAAAACUCUUAAUAACCCCCCUGCAGGCUACCCAGCAACGACGCAGGCAGCCAACGCUCAGGCCUAUUACCCACAACGAUACGGGAGCCAGCAACUGGGACAGGGGCAGGGGCAUCAGUCAUAUCAAAGUCAGUCCCAGUACAAAGGCUGCCGAAUAUCUCUAG